GUUGGUUAAAUCUCCCCAUUGUGCAAGAUUGCCUUUAAGAAGAUGCAAACUAUAGGUAUAAAUUUAGUGAAACGGAAGCUGGGAGCACACGACAAUCUGAAGUUCAUAAUCCAGCAAGAUGGAAACAACUUUGUAGUGAAAGAAUCCAGCACAUUCCGUAAUAUUGAAAUCAAGUUUACCCUUGCACAACCUUUUGAGUAUUCUAUGGCUGAUGGAACAGAUCUCAACGGCUCCUGGAUACUACAGGACAACCAGCUUAUUGGAACCUUUACUAGAAAAGAUAAUGGAAAAGUUCUGAAAACUACUAGACAAAUCAUUGGGGAUGAACUUGUUCAAACAUAUCUGUAUGAAGGCACAGAGGCUAAAAGGAUUUUCAAGAGAGGCUAAGUGUUAUUACUGGACAGAAGAAACAGCCACUGAUAUGCUUGAAGCUAUUGACACAUUGGGCAUACAACAACAACAAAAAAAACCUAAUGAUUAUUGACACGACAGGCCAUCAAUUGUAAAUAUUAUUGCUAACAUGGUUUCAAAAUGCCCCUAGGAUUUCUUCUAUUUUUCAUAUUAUUCAAUAAAUGUGGUUCCUAAAA